UAUGUCGAAGUUGGAGUUCAUUCCACACUGAGUUUGUGCAGCGCUAAAUUUGCCUGGACUUGGGUCAGAGAGAUGUCACAUGGAAUCUGACCAAUGUUGUGUGUCUCCAACGGUUUUUGACAGGGUCCAGCUUUUUUUCGCGUUUUUCUUUUUCUUUUUUAAUCUUUCCUGCACUAGUUGGGAUGAGACGUCAAUCUUUCCCUCGAAGGUCGUUGCUCUGUUUCUGGUUGAGGGGUUUACCCUUCUUUCCUUUUUCGUCCUUGAGUCGAAAAAGAAAAGAAAUCGAUGCGCAUCAAUUCGCGGACGAGAACGUGUUGAAGAGAGGGAGGUGGAAACUGAGGGCACGCGCGCCCGCAAGACAGACAGACAAGAAGUAUCAACAGAGAACAAGCCAGAGGAGCAAGAUCAGCAAUGAACAGCACAAGGCUUUUAUCUAUCAACCUGCACAUCAGGAGUACAUAAGCUUCUUCUUCUCAAAGGCCAGGUGCACCCAUUGUAAUCCACUGUUCUUUAUUCUUGAUCUACGCAACAGUGAAGUUGGAACAAGGAAAGUUUUUGGGCCCUGGCAUGGUCUAGCUCAACAGCAAACUCGUGGCGAGGGUGGUAUUUGUUCUCAAGCUUAAAUGGGUAACCUGGAGCUUCAGGGCUUGUGCACAACGAUCCUCUGCAGACCAUUUCCGCCGCACAACUACCAGGGUCGCUUAUUGGGUGCCGUAAAGGGGCCAGCCUAGGUAGACAACGGAGACUGAAGUGCGCGUCUUGAGGGUGUGGGCAGGAGGAGGAACCGUGAGCAAAGCA